UAAGGAAUAUAUCUUUUCUGGUCAGGCCUUCAACUAGAGACAAUUUAUAGCAGGCUCAAAGUUAUUGUUCAAACCAAUAAAACGCGCUGCGACCACCACACCCGCUCAAACAUGGUAUCCAGUGUCAUUUACUAAUCAUGAUCUAAAAGCAAACAAUUCGUGUCUAAUAUUCCAAAGCAUUUUAUGUUGCGAGCGAUAGCUCAGAUUAUUGUUAACCAACAAUUAAUUCAAAAGGAGCAGAGUACAGAUACGUAUGACAAUACUUUUGCUGAAGAGAUUUUUGCCAAUGCUACAUCUUUCAUAAGUGAUUUCAAAGCAAUAAGUUGUUAAGAAAUUAGUUAGACCACUAUGUCAUCGCGUGGUCGCUGGAAUGAUGUAACUAUAGGAUUCCACAUUGAAAAAAGGCAUUUGGACAUGAAUCCAGGGGAAUUUGUUAUUGGAGAGUUUUCAAACAUAACCAAUCAACGACGAAUACGUUCUGACGUUAAAGGAAAUAUAAUAGUGACAAAUCUUCGUAUUAUAUGGCAUGAACGAAAUGAUAUCAAAGUUAAUUUAUCCAUUGGUUUUGAUUGCAUUCGAGAAUUCCGGAAAGAUAUCCAAAGAUCGAGACUACAUAACGGCACGUUGUUCACUAUACAUGUCAUCUCACAAACAGUGUUUCCCUAUAUAUUUUUGCUUCAAGCCCAGGUGGAAAGAACGUUUACUGAUCUUUAUCAAGCUGUAACCAACAUUCAUAGAGCAUAUCGAACCAGCAAGAUGUAUCGCACCCUAGUUUUGCGGGGAUUAGUGAUAAAAGACGGAGAAUUUCAGAUAUUACAAAAUGAGCAUUUAAUAAGAACAGUGGAUGGAUUUUGGAAUUUAUCGGGAGAUAUGGGAAACCUUGGAAAACUAUAUAUCACAAACAUCAGAAUAGUUUGGGUAUCAAAUAUAAACGAUCAUCAUAGUGCAAGUAUUCCAUAUUUACAAAUUAAAAGGUUAAUCGUAAGGAAUUCAAAGUUCGGGAGCGCAAUGGCCGUCGAUAUCAAUUGGUCUCGCGGAAAUUUCGUUUAUGGAUUUCAGAUGAGUCCACUGGAAGAGUUGAAAAAGAUUACGGAUGAAAUCAACAUUUUAAUGAAUGCUUAUUUGGUUAAUCCAAUAUAUGGCAUAUUUGUGGAAGGUGGCUUGUGUGCGGAAGAGCACAAUGAGGUAAUAGAAAACACAUCUGAAGAAGAUGCGGAAAAUGAUCCUACAUUUGAACAGGCCGCCCUAGAAGAAUGUUACUGGGAUAAUAAAUUAUUACACGAACCUGGUCCGCCAACGUACUCUCAUGAGCUGGGUCUAGCAAUUGAAACUUUACCAAAAGGGAAGACAAUCCAGAGCCUUUGGAAUGUUUUGUGAUGAGGUCAAUGCCAUAAAUUACCAUAAACCGAAGGCGUAUUUAAUGUCAUUAUGCACAGAAUUCAAACAAUCCGCCCUACCACCUCGACAGUACUGUAUGACUAAUCGCAUUUCUAUUCCCUAAGUUGUAAGCGAUUAUUAAAACCUAGCCAGUAUAUACAUAACUCUGAAAUUUCGUAAUUAUCGCGUUGAGAGGAAGCCUGUAUUUUUUCAAAUAGCGAACUAACGAAUUGUCGUCCGGUUAUCAGCAUAUGACGAGUGUGGACAUAGUUAUUUGUUCCUGACAAACUGAUUCGAAUUAUCGCACUGGGGGGCAGAACAAAUCUGUACCGUGAACUCAGAUUUUCAGUUCUCAGCUGACAUGAAAUCGAUACAUGAAAUGCUUGUAUAAAAUAUGAUGAAUUCUCUUUGACGUUUUGAUAGAUUCAUGCUCAAAAGAUAAAAAAAAAUGGCAUUUUGUGGACAUACAGUAUAUAUUUUAUCACUGGGAAAUGAAUGAAAUCCUAAAAAAGAAUGAAGGCACCGAAUUUCAGUUUAUCCUCGAUAACGAACCGUAUAGGUGUUUGAUAAUGGAAGUGACACAUUCAGUUUUUGACGCCCUAUAUAUCUAUCACCCGUUAGGAUAAUUCACUGUAACAUAUAAUAUUACAUAUAAUUCACUGCAAUAUACCUGUCUUAUCUUGUUACUACAGCACCCCUCACAUAUAUAUGCUGCAUUGUUUUUAACAAAGAAAUAUUUAUCAUCAAGAUCUUGUUAUUUUUAUGACAUUUCGUGGUACACGCAUUGCCCAAUACUUCUUCAUUACGACUGUAAAUGCAAUCUCAUUGGUUUGUUCUUGAGGAACUUGACAUCACCUAAUCUAUUCGACAACAUUUUACUCGUCGGUUGAGCACGAUAUCAUAUUUGAUAAUAAACAAUAAAUGGGGAAA